AUGCCAACGUCUCCCUUCAUCGCCUCUAUUCCUUCUGGUUUCUGCUUUGGCUCUGAUUACUGGCAAUGGAUCGGUCGCCUUCCACAGCAUACCGCUAAGGUUCACGCCAAAUAUGGCGACAUUGUCCGCUUGGCCCCCAAUGAACUUAGCUUCGCCAACCCUCAAGCCUGGACCGAUAUUUACGCCAAACUGCCUGGAAAAGAGCAAUGGCCGAGGAACCCACGCAGGGUACCUCAGGGUAAGAAUGGGCUCAAGAGUAUGAUGAAUACCGCCGGCAGUGACCAUGCCCGAUUUCGUCGAUUGCUCAAUCACGCCUUCUCGGAGAAAGGACUCCAGAAGCAGCAGGGGUUGAUCACCAAGUACAUUGAUCUAUUCAUUAAGCGUGUCGAUGAGUUUGCGCAGACCGGUGAACCGGUGGACCUCACUAAGUGGUUCGGCAUGGUGGGCUUCGACAUCAUCAGCGACUUAGGCUGGAGUGAAACUUUCAACUGUGUCAAAAGAGGAGAGCCACAUAGCUGGAUGAAAACCUUUGUCGGUACAGCAUUCGAUACGCAACUGAAAUUCCUCUUCCGCGAACACGGCUUACUUUGGCUCGCUCCAUUCUUAAUUCCAAUGCGCCUCCAGCUCAGCCGGUUCGAGAACUUCAAAUACGCCCGCCAAAGAGUCGAAGACCGAAUUCAAAAUGGCGGCAUCCGCGGCGAUUUCUGGGACCGCAUCGCAAUCAAGAGCGCCGACGACAAUGCCAGUGGAGAGGGCCUAACCAAGGAAGAAAUGAUCGUGGCAGCCGUGACUCUUGUGGGGACUGGUUCAGAGACCAUCUCCACCGUGCUGGCGGGUCUGGUGUACUUCCUGGGCACUAAUCAUUACGCCAUGAAGAAGUUGGUGCAGGAGAUUCGAACUUCCUUUGCCUCCCCUGCCGAGAUCAAUCUUGUCUCUGUCCAUAAGUUGACGUAUCUCACGGCUUGCUUGAACGAGACGAUGCGUUUGGAGGAACCACAGCGUGUGGCCUCUUCAUCCCAGAAGGAACUGCGGUCAACAUGUCAUUUGGCGGAAUUGCCCAAAAUCCCGCCUACUUCCAUCGACCUGGCGAAUACUGUCCUGAGCGUUUCAUGCCGAACCCCCCCGGCUGAGUUCGCCCAUGACAACAAAGCGGCUUUCCAUCCGUUCAGCAUGGGCGCUUUCAACUGUCUUGGCCAAAACCUGGCCCAAGCGGAGGCACGUCUGAUCAUGGCAAAGUUAUUAUGGCACUAUGACCUCGAGCAUGGUCAAAAGACACCGGUUGAUUGGCUUGAUCAGAAGUCCUUUGCGGUCUUCAGCAAGAAAGAGCUCUAUGUGAGGUUUACCCGAGGCCAAAACUUGCCUCCCAACUAG